AUGGGCUCCCUCAGGACUCUGUUUCUUGGUGUUUACACUUCUAAUGUCAUUAUAAGGGCACUCUUCCUUCCUUCCUUCCAUGUCUUGUUGUUCAGCCCGUUCUUGACGCUUGCCGGAUGGUACCUUGGAUUCGGCCAAACCAUAAAGACGUACAUACCGGAAGACUUUUCGUGGUUCGAUCUGCUGCCUCAGAUUGCGGUAUUGACGGUUGUAGUGCUGCUACCCACGAGGUUGUUAUCUGGCUCAGGAGGCGUAAGCAAAAGCAGCGACGGGAAGAGACGGGCUCAAUCACUACCAUAUUGGAUCCCUGGAGUUCGACAUUUCUGGAGCAUCAUCUCUGGUGGUGAAGCAUGGCUGAAUGGUGUUCGGAAUUCCACCUUUGAAAGCAUAGUCUCGUACAAUACUUUUGGAUCCAAACACAACAUCGUACUCAACGACACUCUGACGGAGGACUCCAUAUUGACGCAAAUAUCUAAUCAAUCAAGCAAUCUCGAAGUACCCGAUACCACGAAAUGGGCUGUUCUUCGUAACGCAUUCAGCAUUCCAAGCAAUGCUAAACCACAAUACUUCCAGAUAGAGUCCGACAUCGAAAAGUCGGUCGUGGCCGAAGUAUAUGAGCAGAUGUUGGCACUAAUGUCCCCAACCCUCAACACUUUAUCCGAAUCGUUGCCCGACUUCGUCACAUUCAAUUCGUCGAUCGUGGACCAGAUGCAGUGGGAGCGCGUGGCCAACGUUGAACUCUCGGAUGGAACUUCGGAAGCUGAAUGCGAUCUGUUUGCACUGGUCAAUGAGUUUUGUUGCAACGCCAUCCUUCCACCCAUCGUUGGCUCACAAUUCACGGAGUCAUACCAACUGUUGGCUACAGAUCUGGCUGCCUUCAACUCGCGGUACUGGGCGCUUGCACUUGGGCUACCACGCCUAUCCCCCAUUCAAGGAUUGCCAGGAGCGGCACUUUCACAGAAACGCUUAGUCUACAACUUCACAAAAAUGUUCAGCGAGCUUGCGAAUCCGCCAGUGCGGCGAGUGCCUGACGACGAUGAGAGUGUCAGUGGAGAGGAGACCGAUGCAGAUGUGCUCACACCUGUGGUGAAGCUGAACGAACUCUUCACAAAGCACGAUCUGUCCUUGAACGCUCGAGCGUCAAUAACGCUGCAGCUCGUCCACGACAUUGUCGCAGGAGUCGUACCGCUUGUGUUCUGGACACUGAUGCACGUCUAUGCAUCCUCUGAAGGACCAGCAGCUGAAGCAUUCGGAGUCAUACCAAUUGGCAAGAUCAUAGCCGAGACGAAAGCAUGGGCACAAGCAUUCCAACCACCAUCAAUACAUCCGGCAUUUCCAUCGCCACCAGCAAUCAUCUUCGACCCUACCUUCAGCCAACUCCCAGCAGACUUGAUGCCAUACCUCCACUCCUGCAUGAACGAGUCUCGUCGCCUCUACAGCUGCUCCGCCCUCACCUAUCUCAUCAAAUCGCCCAUAACCCUCUCCGACCCCAACCCCAGCGUCCAGCAAGAAACCUGGAUCCUCGACGCAAACUCCUACCUCGAUAUCGGCCUCUCCCAGUCCCUCAUAAGCUCCUCCCCAGCUAUAUUCCCCGACCCCACAUCCUACAAACCCGACCGCUUCACCACCUCCCCACCAACACCACCCACCUCCCCCUCCCACCUGUACAAAUCCGCCCUCGUCCUCGCAAUUCUCACUGGCAUAUUCCAGCUCUGGGAAAUCAGCCCGGCGCCCAAGAAGAGCUUCUUCGACCACAUGCAGGAGGCGCGCGAGGAGGCGCAGAUCCGCGCCGCGCCGCUAACAAGUGAGCGUCUAGAGGCCAAGGAUGCGCAGCUCAAGGAGAAGAGGGAGAAGGAAGGGAAGGUGGAGAAGUGGGUGAUGCCCAAGGCGGUGGAUGGGGCGAGUAUCAAGGUUCCCAAGGCGGAUGUGAGGGUGAGGAUUAGGCGGCGGGAGGGAUUGCCGGCGGGUGGAUUUGGGAUGAGGAGGGUGGGAUAG